UGCCUGCUCAGCGAUGUUGCCCGCAGUGUGCUUUUUGCAGCAUCUGCACCAGCCUCCAUAAUCAUUCAAGGAGAAAGCACCACGAUGAAUACUAACAAUAACAACAACAGCAGAAGCAGCAGCAGCAGCAGCAGCAACAGAGGCAGCAACUAACUGCUGAGUGUGCAGCAAGAAUGAUGCCUAGAUUGCAGUGUUUUGGCUGCCAUGAGAUGAGAGCUUCUGCUGUUGGAAGCCGUAUGGAUUAGUGUAAGAGCUGAGUUUUGGUGUAUUUUGUGAUUUAUUUUUUUUAUUUUUUUAGUUCUUUUAUAAAUAUUUGGAAUGAUUGCACUGGUUGGCCGUGGAUUAGGAUCAGGAUCAGGUACCGUCGCCAGAGGACUGUUCCCAUGAUAAUGGGAAGUACCUGGAAGGCUAUUCCACAAAAUGACUACUUACAACUACUGCUUGCAGUUCAGCAGUGGUACUGGUCUAUAAACAAACAGAUUGAACUGGGGUUCUUGUACAGCACCGCACAACACCGAAAGCUCAUGGCCUGGAUCAAAAGAACGCAGGGCUGCAGUGUGAAGUGCUGUGCAGUAGCUACUAGCUAAACUAACUUUGUACACAUACGCACAGAGGGUGAGAUUCACACUGUGAGGAAGAAGAAGAAGAAGAAGAAGAAGAAGAAGAAUUGCGGAUACACGGCCACCUCAACGGUGCCUGUCGCUAAAAAUCUCAUGGCUGCGCUCACUAGGAGCAGGAAGAUCGCCGCUGCUGCAGCUCGCUAUUUGGCCCAUGCAACCUAAGGAGCUGUAGGAAGAAGAAUCAGCACUGGCAGCAGCUUUUGGGGCGAUGCUCACAUGCUCUUGCUUCGUUUCAAGGGACUCAUGGAAACGGCCCGUGGCGGCCUAUUUCCCAUUCAACAGCUGGAACGUUAGGUUGUGAAGGCAAGAGAGAGAAAGAAAAGGUGAUACUUCGGUACGCCACUGCGGGUACAAAGUUGAUGGGGAAAAGGGAAGCAUGGCAAUGGCUAGAAUUCAGUGAGUCCCACCAUAGCCGCUGUUGUCACUCGUGCAUGGACUACAAUCCAGAGGAUCCAGGAGUUCACAGCUGCUGCUGCUGCUGCUGCUGCUGGGCCAGGGUUGCAGUCUUCCGCCACCACAGACGCCGCCUCGAUGCUAAUACCUCCAGCAGGAAGGCACUACCUGUAUCUCUCCACCUCUGGUUCUCAUUCCUGCCGAAAUCACCAACCGGUGGCUGCGGUUGCAAUGGAAGUUUAGCAAAAACCGAAAUCUUCCGGUAGGUGGUCCCUGGACGAAGGACACCGGUCCGUUAUUUACCGGCCUCGAACUUAACACCCACCGCGAAUUCGGAUCCUGUUUUGUUUUGUUAUGAUAACUGCGGGGUCGAUGCGAGAUCCCCUCUGGUGGUCCCUGCUAGUCCAUCUCCCCUCCAGUUGGUAAUUGCUACAGAUGAGCUGGAGGAUCGGUCUCAAGGACAUCAGGAUCAGAAUUUUGGAUGUGGGCGUAGCCCAGCUGGAGGUGCAAUCGCUCAAAUCUGUUGCAUGAUCUGGUUUUGAGUCCCACACCUACAGAGGUGUUAGGAGGCGGAUCAUUGUGGAGUAAAGCUCACAGCUGCUCGAAGUCGCUGCAAGGGGAUCAAAAAUGCCAGAGGUGCGCCAUUCUGUGCAGCACCCUCCUGUCAAUGUUAAUGAUGAACCACAUACUGAUUCUCAAGUGUCAUUUGUCCCGUCCAUUAGCUUGUGGAAGGUGGUGGAGCUCUACGUGGUGAUGCACUGUGAAGCCUGUGCAGCUUCUGUGAAAAGAGCUGUCAAAAAGAUACCUGGUGUUGAGUCUUCCAAAAUAGAUUAUUGCGGACAGAAGGUGACGGUAACAGGAAACGUGGACAAGGAGAAUGUUUGGCGGCACAUCCGCAAGACAGGGAAGCGCGUCGCACUGAUCUCCAAGCCUGAACCGCCGAAGGAAGAGCCCAAGAAGGCUGAGAAGAAAGUAGAAAGCAAGGAGGUGAAAAAGGAAGACGAGAAAGAGAGGGACAACAAGUUGGAGGAGAAGAACGCAGUUCCGAUUGAUGAAAAGAAACAGGAAAAAACUGAAGAGACAGAAGAGACCAAUCUUCUGGAGAGGAAAGAAGCAACAGUCGUGGUGCGCAAAAAGUCAGUGUACUGGCCAGCCGUAAAACUCUGGAAGUUACUAAUUCCGCGGGAGGUGAAGGUGCACGAGAAGGAAAAGGUAACUGUUGUGGGGAUAAAAGAAGAGGAGAAAGAGGAGACUAAACAGGAGGAGAAGAAAGAAGAGCAAUCUGAGGGAAAAGAGGAAGCCAAAUCGGAGGGGCAGAAAGAAGCGGAGAAGCCUAAGGAACCUGAGUGGGUACCUAUGUUCGUAAGUGCUCCAUUUUACACCCUGCCCAGCAGAAUUUAUUAGUUGCUCAUCCCCUGGGAGAUCUCCAGAAGCUCUCUCGAAGUCCUAAACCUGGAUUUCAAACUCUGAAGGGAUUGUAUUUGUGUUAGAGCGUCAACACCUAGCUUGGACCCCCUAACUUAGGGCUGGGCAGCUUUUGAAAUAUAAUGAAUCGGCAAGGUAGCCAAGGCACCGAACUCCCGCAGUCCCUUUAAAACUUGCUUCGUUCUUCUUCAAGAACGUGAGAAGGCAGUCAAAGAUUUUUCUCGGUGCAUUUUCCGGUUCACUUUAAGUUCGCUGACAUAUUGAGUUUGCUCAAGAGAGAUAACUAGCUCCUGAACCUACAGAAUAGCUGACGUGAGGGAGAGAAAAAAAAAAAAAAAAAAAAAAAAAAAGAAAAAAAAAGAGGGGGGGGAUAUGCAGGACACGUGUUGUAUGAAAAUCAUGUACAGAUCAAGAAAUUCAAGUUUUUGAUAAAUGAUGCGAUUCAUUGCCUUGUACUUGAAUGAGAGAAGGAUGCUUUUCUUAACGGAGCUUGGAGGUUAUAACUUUCAAAAGAAGCUCUCAUCUGUAUGAUAGCAGAAAAUGGACUUAAGAUUAGCAGUAGAUAGUGGCAUUUCUUAAGGGAUAAACGUAGUUUGUCGUUUGUCUACUAGGUUCAUCCACAUCAUCCACAGCUUUAACAGAAAUACUGUCAGCGCCCGUGGUUCAUGACACUGUACGAAGUCAAGCAUACCUGAAGCUUUCUGCUCUGUGCAAGGCACCCAAUA